CUUUCCACAAUCUUUCACACAACUCAUAAAUCAUCUGUGAGAAAUGCAUAGAUAACGUUUUCAGCUGUGAGACAUCUCAAAAGAAUGCUAACAAUGAAGACAACUUGCACAGCCUUGGUACUUCUCAUCCAAACAUUACAAUGUUUGGCCUCAGAUGAUUCACCAUUUCAACUAACUAACAAGGUGACUGGUUUUUGUUUGCUUAAACAAUUCAAAUACUGCUUUGACAUACGCUGGACAACUGGUGACCGACUACUGGUUUCCUGGACAAAUAAGUGCCUGGGAGUCCAGGGGAAAAGUGUGGGAAGUGAAAUAAGCCUCUACAAUUGUGAUGAAACCAGCGACCUCCAAAAGUGGGAAUGCAAGAAUGGAACAGUGCUCGCCCUCAAAGACCAAGAGCUUUACAUUGAGCUCAUUGCAGAUAACACAGCAGUUCUCUCCAACACUAUAGGACCCAAUAACCACCUCACUAUUUCAGGGACCUCCAGUGGUGCUUGUACAAGAACAUACAGAGAACUUUAUACUAUUGGAGGAAAUGCAAAUGGUAGGCCCUGCAUGUUUCCCUUCGUGUACAAAGACCAGUGGUACUCAGCCUGCACUACCACUGACUCAGAAAAUCUCCCUUGGUGUGCAAUUCAAACUAAAUAUGAACACGAACUAUGGGGCUACUGCCCAACUUACUCCAGAGAUAACUGGAGCAAACACCCAUCAGGAGCGUAUUACCAGCUCAACACAGAGGCAGCGCUGACUUGGCCCCAGGCUGAAGCCAGCUGUAAACAGCAGGGGGCCUCCCUGCUCAGUAUCACGGAUCCUAAUGAGAAGGCUUACAUCACAGCACUACUAGGGACAGCGGGCAGGGGACAGGGGGACAAGCUUUGGACUGGGCUGAUUCGGAACCCAGAACAUGGCUGGAAGUGGUCUAAUGGAAGCCCUUAUCGUUACCUGAAUUGGGACUCAGGACAUCCACUUCCUAAUCCGGGACACCACUGUGCACUUGUUGAUGGUGCUGUACAGUACUCCUGGCAAAGUUCAUCAUGCACCAAGAAACUGGGGUACAUCUGCUACAGUGCAGGACCUGUGGCUCCUCCUACUGAAGCUGUUGAGACAGGAUUUUGUUCAAGCCCUUGGAUUCCCUACAAUGGCCACUGCUUCCACCUCCAACGUACUCAGAAAACAUGGUCUGAUGCUCAGAAAGCGUGUCGCAAAGAAGGAGGGGACCUAGUCAGCAUCCGCAAUGUGGAGGACCAAAGCUUUGUCAUCUCUCAACUUGGCUAUGCAUCCACGGAUGAACUUUGGAUUGGACUGAAUGACAAGAAGACAGAGGGGCUGUUUGACUGGAUUGACCACUCAGCUGUCAGCUUUACCAGCUGGGAGUUUGGGAAACCUGCUGUCUUUACUGACCAAGAAGACUGUGUUCUCAUUAGGGGAGAGAAUGGGAACUGGGCUGACCGUAUGUGUGACGAGAAACAUGGUUUCAUUUGUAUGAAGAUGAGUGCCUCUGAACCCUCUGGAGAUGAAGUGGAGCAGAAUGUAGGCUGCAAAAUUGGAUGGAAAAGACAUGGGUCCUACUGCUACUUUGUAGGAACGAAGACAAAGACGUUUGAUGAAGCCAAAGAGGACUGCAAGAGCUCAGAUUCAUACUUAGCUGAUGUUUCAAAUGGGGUGGAUAAUGCCUUCCUCAUCAGCUUGGUGGGGAUGAGACCAGAGAAGUACUUCUGGCUAGGCCUCUCAACCCAGAAAGACACUGAUCAGUUUGUGUGGACCAACACAGACUCAGUGAGGUUUACUCACUGGAACGCUCAAAUGCCAGGUCACCAACAGGGCUGCGUUGCCAUGGCAACUGGUUUUUUGGCUGGCUUAUGGGAUGUUAUGCCAUGCACAAAUAAGAUCAAAUACAUUUGCAAACACCUGGCAGAGGGGGCUGUUUUAACGCCUGCACCACCAACUCCUCCCCCUGUAUGUGCUGACGGCUGGAAAAAACUACCAACAAGAAACUUCUGCUAUAAGCUGUUUCCAGAGUCCUCUUCAAAGAAGAGGACGUGGUAUGAGGCCAGAGAUUACUGCAGGGCCAUCGGAGGAGACCUGCUCAGCAUCCACAAUGAUAUUGACCAAAGAAUUGGAAGACGCUCAGGAACAGUCUGGAUUGGACUUAGUGCCCCUGACCCAGGAACCGGUUACGUAUGGAGCGAUGGAUCCGCAGUAAACUUCCAACACUGGAGGGACGGAGAGCCAAAUAAUAGAAAUAAUGUGGACUCUUGUGCUGAAUUUCUACCACAUCUGCAGCUUCGGCAAGGGUCUUGGAACAGUGUGCAUUGUGAGAAGUACAAUGGAUGGCUGUGUCAGAUCCAAGCAGGGUCAACUCCAAAGGCACCUCCAGACCCCGUCACUCCUGACUACAAUAAGAUCGAUGGGUGGCUAGAAUGGAAUGGGAAUCAGUAUUUUAUUAACAGUAUGUCGAUGGCCAUGGACGAAGCUCGUAGCUUCUGCCAACAGAGGCAUAGUGACUUGGUAACUAUCAACACCGAAGCUGAACGGGUCUUUUUGUGGAAACAGAUAUCCCAAAGUUAUGAAACUUGCUGGAUAGGUCUGAAACUAGAUCUUGAUCAAACGCUUGAGUGGGUGGAUGGUUCUCAAGUGGUGUUUCUGAGGUGGGAUGCAGGUCAGCCUGAUUUCAAGAACUAUGAUGAGAACUGUGUUGUCAUGACGUAUUCUACUGGGUUCUGGCAUGAUUAUAAUUGUGGGUUUGAGCACAAGUCCAUUUGUAAACGCAGUGGAUCACCACCUGCCAAUGCCACUGUGGCACCUACAGUGGCCCCUAAAGGUGUCUGCCCACCCAACUGGAAAAAAUUUAAAUCAAAGUGUUACAGAAUCUUUAAUGACCAAAAUGUAACAUGGCGUGAAGCGAGGAAACAAUGCCAAGAUAUGGGUGGAAACUUGGCCUCAAUUCCCUCCAGACAUGUGGAAGUUUUUUUGAUGACUCAAAUGGCUGAAACACCUACUACUACAGACGUUUGGAUUGGUUUGCACAGAACAAAUACACGUGCGUUUUUCUGGACUGAUGGGCGACCAAGGCAAUACGUCAACUUGGAUUUAGUAAGUGGAAAGAAUCUCAAUACAAUUGUUUUCAGCAUCCUGGAGGCAUACAGGUCCUGGAGAGAUGGCAGAUUGCAGCCAAUCACCCUCUCAGCAGAGCGGUUGAUACAGUUUUCUCACUACUUUCUCUCUUCUGUGCUUCCACAGGAACAGUGUGUUGUAAUCAAAAGUGAUUAUUCAGUUGGUAUUGGGAAAUGGAUACCAAAGUCCUGCAAUGACAAAAAUGGAUUUGUCUGUCUUCGAAAUACUGACCCAUCCCUCCAGGACUCCCCAGAACCAACAACAUCUACCAACUAUGUCAGAAUAUUCAAUGACUCUAUCAAGGUUGUUACACAACAAAUGAACUGGGAUGUAGCCAAAAAGCACUGCGAAGGUGAUGGUGCCAAACUGGCUAGCCUGCGAAACAAGUGGUCACAGGCCUAUGUUGAGCUGCUGGCUUUGAAUCUCAACGCUCCUCUAUGGAUUGGACUGAACAAAGUGCAGACCAAUGGGCAUUUCAUAUUUAUUGAUGGCUGGCGCAUGAGCUUUUCUCACUGGGGUAACAAUGAGCCAAGUGGCGACCGACCUUGUGUCUACGUAGAUCUGGAUGGAAAAUGGAAGACUGCUGACUGCAAUCAGACCAUGAACAGUGUUUGUAUGAGGUCUACAGAUUUGCCACCAACAGAGUCCAGUGGUUUUCCGGGAGUUUGCCCUGAAGAUCUAGAUACAUCAAUUACGAACAAGCAUUACUUCUGGCUACCAUUUAAAGGUUACUGUUACAUAUUUUUCACAGAAGAAAAACUGUGGGCAGAUGCAUCUACUAGCUGUAUAAGACAUGGUGGAUCCCUAGCCAGUAUUGAAGAUCCCUUUGAGCAAGAAUUUGUUCAAAGCAAUGCAAACAUGUUUAAAGACAGCCACACUUCGUUUUGGAUUGGCAUGUUUCAAACUCACAAAGGGGAAUGGUUGUGGUUGGACAAAACAGUCAUGGACUACACUAACUGGGCUGAAGGUAUCCCUGGUUAUCGCAGCUACGGAGGGAUUAGCGCUUCAACUGGGAAGUGGAAUGCAGGCCAUCCGUGGUAUCGUAGACCAUACAUUUGCAAAACAGCCAAAGUAUUACCACCAAUACCUCCAACAUCAUUACCUGCUGUACUUGAUCUUCGUCACCGUGGCCGCAUAGCUUUGGCAGUUGUUGUGGUCAUUACUGGAAUUGCCACCGGGUUAGUCAUAGCCUUCUUCCUCUUCAAGAAGUUCACUCGUCGCUUACCCAUUCCUGACAUGUUAACCACCUUUGACAACCCAGUCUUCUUCAGCAAUGAGUGGUCACAGCCUAAUGUGGUUGACACCAAUAAACAUGUAGAGAACGUAAAGGAAAAGAGCCCUGAGCCCCUUGUAACACAAAAAUGAACAGAAUCAGAAUCUAAUGGUACACAUACUCUAUCGAGGGCUCAUGGUUAGUGGCUUCUCUUUUGCUUAUCCAAUGAUUUCACAUUCAUUAUAAGUGUUAUAAACUGUGAUAAUGUUAUGUAUUUUAAUACUUGUUACAGAUCAGCUGCAGUGUAAAGUCAAGAGUUGUAAUCUAGCUAACAUUAAACAAAGUAUACCA